AAGUGAGCCGCUCGGAGAGGGGCCCCGUUGAUGAAUCGCAGCAGCGGGAAACCAUCCGGGAGGAGCAUCUGCGCAGUUUGCAAAUGCUGAGGGCUGAAUGAGGGCCAUGCUUCUGUCUGGACUGCCCCCUCUUCCUAGAGGUUGGCAAAGGGCUGCAGUGGACCUUGCUCAGAGGCCGGUGACUUUUAAAGAUGUGGCCGUGUACUUCACUGCGGGGCAGGGUGCUCUGUUGGACCCAAGUCAGAGAGCCCUGUACAGAGAGGUCAUGAUGGAGAACUAUGAGAAUGUGGUCUCAUUGGGCUUUCCAGUCCCCAAGCCUCACCUAAUCUCCCGGCUGGAGCGAGGGGAGAAUCCAUGGGUGCCUAAUUCUUGGACCUUGAAUGACAGCAAGUGCUCAGGUGGUUUGAGGAAAAAGAACUCUUGCCGCAAAUGUGGAAAAUGUUUUGCUCAGAAGUCAGAUUUGGUCAUCCACCGGAUAGUCCAUAUGGGUGAGAAACCCUUCAAGUGCUUGGAGUGCGGCAAAUAUUUUGUGCAUCAUUCAGAGCUUGUGAAACACCAGCGAGUCCACACUGGAGAGAGACCCUUUAAAUGCUUGGAAUGUGGGAAAUGUUUUUCUCGCCAGUCAGUCCUUGUGAAUCACCACAGAAUCCAUACGGGAGAGAAGCCUUAUAAAUGCUCUGAGUGUGUGAAAUGCUUUACCCAGAGAUCACAGCUGGUCAGACACCGAAGGGUCCACACAGGAGAGAAGCCUUACAAAUGCUUGGAGUGUGGGAAAUGUUUUGCUCGUCACUCGGUCCUUAUAAAUCACCAAAGAGUCCACACAGGGGAAAAACCAUAUAAAUGUUUGGAGUGUGAAAAAUGUUUUGCUCGUCAGUCAGUCCUUGUCAAUCAUCAGAGGGUCCACACAGGAGAGAAACCCUAUAAAUGCCUAGAGUGUGGGAAACUGUUUGCUCACCAGUCCAACCUUGUGAAUCACCAGAGGGUUCACACGGGGGAGAAACCCUACAAAUGUUUGAAAUGUGGGAAGUGUUUUGCUCAGCAGUCUGACCUUGUGAAACACCGGAGGAUUCAUACAGGAGAGAGACCCUAUAAAUGCUUGGAGUGUGGGAAAUGUUUUGCCAUACAUUCAGAUGUGGUGAAUCACCAGCGAGUCCACACGGGAGAGAAACCUCAUAAAUGCCAGGAGUGUGGAAAAUGUUUUGCUCAACGUUCAGCCCUUGUGAGCCAUCAAAGAGUCCACACAGGAGAGAAACCCUACAGGUGUCUGGAGUGUGAGAAAUGUUUUGCUCAGCUAUCAAAUCUUGUGAAACACCAGAGGGUCCACACUGGAGAGAAGCCCUACAAAUGUUCAGAGUGUGGAAAAUGCUUUGCUCGACACUCACACCUUCGUGUACACCACAAAGUUCACUCUCGAGUGAAAUCCUACAAACGCCGCAAAUGUGGCGACAACUUUUUAGAGAAAGGGAACUUUAUUCAGUGUCAGAUAGCAAACACAGGUGAAAUAAUUCAGGGUUAGUAAAUUAUUACCCUGAAGGUAAUCUUUACACUGUAUCAGUCAGCCUACUCCAUAACACUUUAAGAGGAAGGCAGAUGUAGCCUUUUAAGAAGAGUUACAGUAUGUUCUUUACCUGAGGUACCCGCCAGGAUUCGCAUUUUGCAUGACAAAGCCAAAUAUGGCAAUCUUGCUUCUUUGUGCUGCAGGCAGGUUGCCCCCCCUUAAAAAGAAAUCCCCAUAUGUAUCGUUAUUUGUUUAUAUGUUCAUUCUUCACUUUAAAAAUCCAUACAAAGCCAUACAUAUUUUGAAACUAUGUGCAAAACUAGGACUGGGGAUGUGUGUUGGUGACAUGAAAGGCACCUUCCCUAGUUGGAUUUGAAUUCAAGCAUGUUGAUUAGUUUUCAAAUUGACUUGCCAUCUGUCUGUUUUUGGCUUCAGUUUCCUGCCCUCAAGAAACUGGAGAAAAACUGGCUGAAAAAUGGCCUCCCUAAUUAUGUUCCAGGAAUUUCCCCCAUGUAUUUACCAUAGAGAUUAGGGGAAACAGUGUUACCUGUAAGUGAUGUCAUAUCCUCUAAAAAAUCCACCCACCCCAGGCACUACCCACAAAUGUCCAGACAUUUGCCGAGGCAGUGCUGGCAAUUCUGUUUUCAGAGCUCUCCCGUGGAAAGAAAAUCAUAACAUUUGUUCUGACUGUAGUUAAGGUGUUUUUAAACCAGCCAUCCUGCUCUAAAAUCAUGACCCUUCGCCCUAGAAUUUGGGUGGGUAAAAGGAAUUAUCCCCUGCUUAGGUUCUGAAUAUCUGGCUCAGGAACACAGAAGCCAAGGAGAUGGUGCUUGGGUUGGAUCCUAGUACUCCACUUAGCUUUCCUCCAGUGUAGAAGAGAGACUUUCUCUGGUAGUUGGGACUGGUGGAAAGGCUCCAUGCUUAUAGCUGAGUGGCAUGGUAGGUUCAGCCCCUUAUGUGAAUGCUUUUAUUACCAUGGUAACCCUCAAGGUAGGUCUUCUGUAGUGCUGCAUUUCCUGUAUUUACAGUGUCUUUGAAGCAAUGGCCGUGGUAAAGUAUGAGCCAUCAAAAUGGACAUCUUUUUAUUUUUACUUGUUACAAACCAC